CGCAAAAGCAAAGCACCCCUCAAACUCCAUUCAAGCCACCAUUACGUUAUAGAUAUUCAUUUUGUGUAUUCAUAUUCACUUUAUUUACAAAAAUCUUAGAAUAAAAGGACGACAAAAACAAAACACGGAAUAAGACAGAAGACUGUUCUACUUUGAUCCCAUGCUCAAAAACACCCAUAAAGCGACCACAAACCAGAGAAACAAAAACAUUCGAACCAAACAUUUUUGCAAAAUAAACAUAAUGGGAUUUUGCUUCUCCAAAUCACAAACCCAUGAGAUCCCAAUCUCUUCAUCUUCCGAUUCUAGCCCUCGUCAUCGCAACCAACCUCUCCCCAAACCGACGAAUCCUCAAGGACAAGCCAGUAAUUUCCCCACCAAUCCUAAACCCAAACCGGCUCCUCGUCCUCGUCCUUCCUCCUCCGGUUCCCAAAUCGGUCCAAUCCUUAACCGGCCAAUGAUCGAUCUCUCCGCUCUCUACGACCUCCACAAAGAACUCGGCCGUGGCCAAUUCGGAAUCACCUACCGUUGUACGGACAAAUCCAACGGCCGAGAAUACGCCUGCAAAUCCAUCUCUAAACGCAAACUCAUCCGUCGAAAAGACAUCGAAGACGUGAGGCGCGAAGUCAUGAUCCUACAACACCUCACUGGCCAACCAAACAUCGUCGAGUUUCGAGGCGCCUACGAGGACAAAGACAAUUUACACCUUGUCAUGGAACUCUGUUCCGGAGGCGAGCUCUUUGAUCGGAUCAUCAAAAGAGGGAGUUAUUCUGAGAAAGAAGCUGCUAAUAUCUUCAGACAGAUCGUUAAUGUCGUUCAUGUUUGUCAUUUCAUGGGAGUUGUUCAUAGAGACUUGAAGCCUGAGAAUUUCUUGCUUUCUAGUGCGGAAGAAGAUUCUUCCAUUAAAGCCACCGAUUUUGGACUCUCUGUUUUCAUCGAAGAAGGUAAAGUGUAUAGAGAUAUAGUCGGUAGCGCAUACUACGUAGCACCUGAAGUAUUACGUCAAAACUAUGGGAAAGAGAUCGAUGUAUGGAGCGCUGGUGUCAUGCUUUACAUUCUUCUAAGCGGUGUUCCUCCAUUUUGGGGUGAGACCGAGAAGACAAUAUUUGAGGCUGUCUUAGAAGGAAAACUGGAUCUUGAAAGUUCACCGUGGCCUACUAUAUCGGUAAGCGCAAAAGAUUUGAUAAGAAAGAUGUUGGCAAGAGAUCCUAAAAGACGGAUUACAGCAGCUGAAGCACUUGAGCAUCCAUGGUUGACAGACAGCACAAUUUCAGAUAAACCAAUCGAUAGUGCUGUUCUUAUUAGGAUGAAGCAGUUCCGUGCAAUGAACAAGCUCAAGAAACUUGCCUUGAAGGUGAUAGCGGAAAAUCUAUCGGAAGAAGACAUUAAGGGGUUAAAGCAAACGUUUAAGAAUAUGGAUACAGAUGGAAGUGGCACCAUUACUUUUGAUGAACUAAGAAACGGUUUACAUCGCCUUGGAUCUAACCUUACCGAAUCUGAAAUCAAACAACUCAUGGACGCUGCUGAUGUGGACAAAAGCGGGACGAUUGAUUACAUUGAGUUUAUAACUGCUACAAUGCAUCGACAUAGAUUGGAGAAAGAAGAGCAUUUGAUAGAAGCUUUCAAAUUCUUUGACAAAGACAGAAGCGGAUUCAUCACAAGGGACGAACUUAAACAUUCAAUGACUCAGUAUGGCAUGGGUGAUGAUGCGACCAUAGAUGAAGUUAUCAAUGAUGUCGAUACCGACAACGAUGGGAGAAUAAACUACGAGGAAUUUGUGGCCAUGAUGACCAAGGGAACUACAGAUUCAGAUGCGAAGCUGAUCAGAUGAUAUAUUCAACUACAAUUACGGAUGCUUUACUUCUACUAUAAAUAAACUAUAAACUAAUAAUAAUAAACACGAAUGAAAUGAGAAUCAAUGCGUCCUUAUGUUUGUUUCUUCUUUAGAUGGUUAAAAUGAUUUGUUUACCUGCGUGAGUAUAUAUGAUUAUAAGCAACGAAGUCCCCUAAAAACCCUUAAACGUCCGAUCCUAUAAAUUUAUAAAACCUUAAACG